GGCCUCGGGCGCCUCUCCUUCCUUCUCCUUCUUCUCCUCCUCGUCGUCGUCGUCGUCGUCCUUCUGCUCGGCGCCGUCGGGCCUCCGGCCGUCAUGUCCAUCUUCACGCCCACCAACCAGAUCCGCCUGACCAACGUGGCCGUCGUGCGGGUCAAGCGCGGCGGGAAACGCUUCGAAAUCGCCUGCUACAAGAACAAGGUCGUCGGCUGGCGCAGCGGCGUUGAAAAAGAUCUUGAUGAAGUUUUGCAGACUCACUCGGUGUUUGUAAAUGUAUCUAAAGGUCAGGUGGCCAAGAAGGAAGAUCUCAUCAGCGCCUUUGGGACGGAUGACCAGACUGAAAUCUGUAAACAGAUCUUAACCAAAGGAGAAGUACAGGUGUCAGAUAAGGAGAGGCACACCCAGCUGGAGCAGAUGUUCAGAGACAUUGCAACUAUCGUGGCGGAUAAAUGUGUGAAUCCUGAAACGAAAAGACCGUACACGGUCAUUCUCAUCGAAAGAGCGAUGAAAGACAUCCACUACUCUGUCAAAGCCAACAAGAGUACCAAACAGCAGGCCCUGGAGGUGAUCAAGCAGCUGAAGGAAAGCAUGAAGAUCGAACGUGCUCACAUGAGGGUGAAGCUCGUCCUGCCAUCAAGAGAGGGAAAGAAGCUCAAGGAAAAACUCAAGCCCUUGAUCAAGGUUAUAGAGAACGAAGACUUCGGCGACCAGCUGGAAAUCGUCUGUCUGAUCGACCCAGGCUGCUUCAGAGAGAUCGACGAGCUCAUUCAGAGCGAGACCAAGGGGAGAGGAUCCCUGGAAGUUCUCAACCUGAAAGACGUGGAAGAGGGAGACGAGACGUUUGAGUGAGGGGGAGGGGGGGCCCCCCCGGGGUCUCCGGCUGGACGUGCGACGUCUCCUUCCGCUCUUUUCUCACACCUUAACCCGUUCACUUUCUCCGUGUUUUCCUGCCAAGUCUCUGCUCGUGUCACCUGAUUGGUAAUAAAGCUUUGGUUGUUAUAAUUAAGCCGUCGACUAGGGGUUAGGCAAGAGAGGCCCGUCCCGCCGGCUACCGUGGGGCGCGCGCCCGGAUGUUCCCUGGGGUCUGACCCGGCGAGUGGUUCUGAGGGACGUCCGCCUCCACUCCUCCCAGCCCCCGCCCUCCUGCCGGGCCGUGGGCGUCGGGGAGGGCCCCGGGUUAGCGUCACGUCCCCCGACGGCCUUUGUGGGCACCGGAUGUGGGGGUGGGUUUUUUUUCCACGGGGACCCCCCCGAGAGGGGGUGACGGUCUGCAGAAAGCGAGAGGUGAGGGCGAGCUCGGGGCUGGUUUUUUCCAUGGGGACCCCCAAAAGGGGGUCACGGUUUGCAGAAAGCAAGAGGCGAGGGCGAGCUCGGGGCUGGGGUUUGAUCUCGGCCGGCCCACGGGGAAGCCUGGGUCCCAGGGGAGCCUGGGAACAGACAGUGACACGGUCGCCGGGUCAGCGGCAGAAGUGUCGCCUCCUGCUGCCAAAUUUAAACUAACGACGAUGCUCUAAAAAAAAGUCAUUUAUCGCCACUUUUGUUAAAUGUAUAAUAUGUUAAUACAAGUUAAAUUCUAUGGAGUAAAUAAAAACACUAUUCUUUUUAUGAA